UCUGAAUAGAAAAAAACAGGGAGUAGCAAAAUUAUCUUCCCUUGAACGUCGUCGUUAUCAAACCGUUCCAUCAGAAAACUCCUCCAUCUUGAAGCCGCAAUUAUUAUUCACUUGGAGAAGAAGAUGCAAAACAGUGAAGAAGAAAAGUUUAGAGCACGGAGAUUAGAGAUAACUGAUAAGGGAAAGGGGUUCAUAGAGUUACUACAACAGCUAAGCGUUUGUGAUUCAGUCUCUGACAAGGAAUUUGAGGAUCGAUUUGGAGAGAUUGAAUCACUCGGUGAUGAUCAUGUGAUCUGUGUUAUUGAGGAUGAGAUUUCUGGAAAGAUAAUUGCAACGGGGAGUGUUUUUAUUGAGAAGAAAUUUUUGAGAAAUUGUGGUAAAGUUGGGCAUGUUGAGGAUGUUGUUGUUGAUUCAAGUGCUCGUGGGAAACAGCUGGGAAAGAAGGUAAUUAACUUCCUUACGGAUCAUGCUCGUUGUGUGGGGUGUUAUAAGGUUAUUCUUGAUUGCAGCGUUGAGAAUAAGGUGUUCUAUGAGAAAUGUGGGUUUAAGCAGAAGGAAGUUCAGAUGGCUAUGUAUUUUGUUUGAUUAGUGUUUUUCUUUUCUUUUCUGGAUUUCCAAAUUCUUGUAUUUCUCAUGUAAUGGUUUUUGGUUUAUGCAUAGCAGUUCAUAUUGAAGUCAAAAACCUUAUUAUUUUAA